AUGUCUUCAACAACUAUGCAAGCUGCUAUAUUUAAAGGCAUACAAACAAUAGUCGUCGAAAAUCGUUCUAUACCAAUCUGUAAAGAUCCUACGGAUAUCGUUAUCAAAGUACACAUAGCCGGUUUAUGCGGUUCUGAUUUGCAUAUAUACCGUGGACAUGAAUCGAGCGAGACAGAUAUCAUCAUGGGUCAUGAAUUCGUUGGGGAGGUUGUUGAAGCUGGAUCCGAUGUGAAAAUUUUCAAGAUAGGCGAUAGAAUUAUUGUGCCAUUUUCAACAUCGUGUGGUACUUGCUUCUAUUGUGCGAAAGCACUUACUUCACGAUGUGAAAAAUCUCAAGUGUUCGGUUCACUUCUACUCGAUGGAGGUCAAGCCGAAUAUGUACGCAUUCCUUUGGCAGAUACUACUGCAUUCUUUGCGCCAAAGGAGAUUUCUAAUGAUCUUGCCAUAUUAAUGGCUGAUAUAUUUCCUACGGGUUAUUUUGCUGCGAAGAAUGCAUGGACUCUACUCAGCGAUCAAGAACGUCAGGAUCCAAAUCUCGUCGUUGUUGUGAUUGGAUGUGGACCAGUUGGAUUAUGUGCUAUUACGGCAGCUUGUGAGUAUUUUCCAACUGUAUAUGCAAUUGACAGUGUUGAAGAACGCCUGGAAGAAGCUAAAAGACAUGGUGGUAUUCCAAUUAAUCUAAAUAAAGAUCCAGUGAGCGCAAUUAAAAAAAUUACGGAAGGCCGAGGAGCGGAUGCUGUUAUGGAAAUUGUUGGACAUGCAGAUGCUUUGCAAUUGGCCUAUGAUCUUAUUCGUCCUUGGGGGGUUAUCGCUUCGGUUGGCGUACAACAAGAUGCAUUUCCAUUCAAAGGCCCUCAAGUAUAUGAUAAGAAUGUACGCUUACAAUUUGGAAGAUGUCCAGUUCGAGCUCUGUUUUCUGAAGCAUUGCAAAUCUUCUCAAAGAAACAAGAUCAAUUUAAAAACUUUAUAUCUCAUCGCAUGUGUUUGUCAGACGCUCCUAAAGCCUAUGAAUUGUUCGAUCAGCGAUUAGCACGAAAAAUUAUUUUUGAUUUACAAAUAUAA